AUGUACAAGUCGGAAACAUUUUCGACUGAAUCUGCCACAAAUGCUUCUUCCUCGCAACAUCCUGAAAUAGAAAGAACUUAUAUGUCAAGCGACACAUCAACAAUGUUGGUAAAGAAGAAGAAGACGAACACAAAGGCAUUAGUGAAGCGUCUACUAGGCGUUGUGGCUGACUUAUCUUCUAAAGUAGAUCGUGUAUUACAGAAAAAAGAUGAGCCAGACACAGGGUUUGGAGAGGAGGGGGAGGAGAUGAUAAAUGAAGAGGAGGAAGAAACAUAUUACCAUGAUGCAAUCCACACCAAAAUUGAAGAAAAUCACCAAAACAAGGAAAAAAAAGCAGUGGAGAGUCCUGGAAAAGCAAAUGAAGACAUUGUGAAUGAAGAGAGUAAUGAUGUUUCGAAUCAUCUCUUGUUGGACAGUGUUCAUGCUGCUAAUAUCUGGAAAGUAGAUAUUUAUGAUUCAGCACGAUCUAUGAAUUUCUUCUCAAAGUACUUCACUGGUGGAGAAUUCACAAGUUUUGGAGAUAGUAUUAUCUCAGAGCUAGAUGUCAUUGAGUACUAG